GUCCGAUAUCCGGUUUACUUCCGGGUGUUGUAAGCACAUCCGAAAGAAUCAGGUAUUGUAUCCGGUCGAAGGGUUAUUUGCACGUUAAGGUAUUAAAAGGUCUUUAAAUAGUGAAUUCCUGGUUUAUUAAAUGUCCGUUCUAGUUAAAGGCAGCUAUAGACGAUAUAUGCUCGGUGGUUCAUUGGAAAGCACAACUUGGGGUUUUCAUACAUUAUUUUCUAUAAUAUAGGAAUGUGAAGGGAAUGCUUAUAAUUGAUUCUUAGAAAUUAUCUCUUGAUGCACUUGUUCGGGGAAUUGACCAUUGCAAUUUCUGCUUAUUUUUUUACUGAAUUCUGAAAAUAUCCCUUGAAUCUUCCAUACAAUACUCUAGCAUUUAGUGGGUUGUUAGAUACUUAAAAGGCUGAGAAGUGUGGGUUCCUAGUUCCAUCAUGUUUUUUUCUGGAUACAUAUAUUUGCAUGUACCAAAAUACUUCAUAAAAAUUGCUUCCCUCCAGGAUGUCGAAUGCAUAGGAAGUGGAACCAAGUAGUGAUUAUGCAGUAUAUAGAUCAUAUAGUUGCGUAGCACUUUAAAUGUAAUGCCCUGCAACAAGUCAGAAAAGCAUGAUGAAUUUGCAAAUCCUAAGUGAGACCCGGUAUAAAUUGUAAAGAGAUCCAACACGAAGAGUAAUCCAAAUAACCACAUCUUUGUUUUAUCAUAACAGGUAAAAUAGUUCAUGUGACAUUUAAAAAUCUAAAUAAUCAUCUUUUGUCCACCUUUUUUGACAUGUAGGAUAAUAAUGGCAACGUCAUCAAAUUUGGUAGCAAACAGAGGCCGGCGCUUUAAAUGGGCCAUAGAAUUUGGAAACGUGGGAAUCAGGUAAUUUGUAUAUUUGUAUAUAAUGUUAAGGAGAAUAUUGCCACUGCAUUUGGGACAUAAUUAACCCCUUAAGGACUGAGCCAAAUUCAUCUCUUUCAUAUUAAGUGCACCCACACUUAUUAUAUAUCAUUUUAUUAAAGGACCACUAUAGGCACCCAGACCACUUCAGCUUAAUGAAGUGGUCAGGGUGCCAGGUCCAGCUAGGGUUAACCCUUUUUUUAAUAAACAUAGCAGUUUCAGAGAAACUGCUAUGUUUGUUAGGGUUAAUCCAGCCUCUAGUGGCUGUCUCUUGACAGCCGCUAGAGGUGCUUGCAUGCUUCUCACUGUGAAAAUCACAGUGAGAAGACGCCAGCGUCCAUAGGAAAGCAUUGUAAAUGCUUUCCUAUGUGACUGGCUGAAUGCAUGCGCAGCUCCUGCUGCGCAUGCGCAUUCAGCCGAAGAGGAGGAGGAGAGCGCCCUGCCCGGCGCUGGAGAAAGAGGUAAGUUUAACCCCUUCCUCCCCUCUCAGCGCCACGGGAGUGGGACCCUGAGGGUGGGGGCACCCUCAGGGCACUAUAGUGCCAGGAAAACGAGUGUUUUUCUGGCACUAUAGUGGUCCUUAAAGGAGAAAUAGGGCUUUCAUUUAACAUCAAAUAUUUAGCUAUGAAACAUAAUUUAAUAUGAAUAAACAAAAAUUUUUUACAAAAAAAUAAAAGAACUUAAGAAAUGCUGUUAUUUAGUUCUGCAUGACAUUUUAACUAUUAAUGUCAUAAUAUUGUUUGCUUUUACUGCAAUAAAAUACACAUUUGUAUUCAGCAAUGUCUCACAUGUAAAACAGUACCUCCUAUGUACAGGUUUUAUGGUGUUUUGGGAAGUUACAGGGUCAAAUAUAGCUUGUUACAUUAUUCAUUUUUUUCACAUUGAAAUUCGCCAGAUUGGUUACGUUGCCUUUGAGACCGUAUGGCAGCUAAGGAAUAUGAAUGAACCCCAUGUUGGCAUACCAAUUGCAAAAGUAGACAACCCAAGGUAUUGCAAAUGGGGUAUGUCCAGUCUUUUUAGUAGCCACUUAGUCACAAACACUGGCCAAAGUUAGCGUUAAUAUUUUUGUGUGUGAAAAAUGCAAAUAACUAAUUUGAACGCCAACUUUGGCCAGUGUUUGUGACUAAGUAGCUACUAAAAAAGACUGGACAAUACCCUAUUUGCAAUACCUUGGGUUGUCUACUUUUAGAAAUGGUAUGCCAUCAUGGGCAUAAUUCUCAUUCCUGGGCUACCAUACGGUCUUAAAGGUGACGUAACCAAUCUGUCAAAUUUCAAUGUGAAAAAACUGAAACACGAGCCUUAUAUUUGACUCUGUAACUUUUGAAAACACCAUAAAACCUGUACACGUGGGGUACUGUUAUACAAAGGAGACUUUGCUGAACACAAAUAUUAGUGUUUCAAAACGUAAAACGUAUCACAACGAUAUAUAUAUGAUCUAAGUAUAUAUUGUUUUAUUUUACACUGUUUAUCUUUGCUUCAUUUGAUUUUAGGCAGCAGGGGGACUACCUGUCAUUCCAGACACUCCCCCUACUGGCACUGCUAUGGUCGACUAUUCCGUCCAUGUGAUCGUGAGGUCCUCGCAAGGACCUCGCGAUCACAUGGCCCAGGAGGAUCGCCGGCGAGCAGGUAAGUAACCUGGAAGGUGUGGACGUACUAUGCCGCAACCAGCGUUUUUAGAGCUGGGUCCCCAAGGACGGCAUAGCAUGCCCACCGUCCUUAAGGGGUUAAUGAAUAAUAUUUACUGUUGACUUUACACCAGUCAAUAUUUUACUUAAAUAGUAAUUAAAGGGACACUCCAGACACCAGACCACUUCUGCCCAUUGGAGUGGUCUGGGUGCCAACUCCCAUCACCCUUAACCCUGCAAGUGUAAUUAUUGCAGUUUUUAUAAACUGCAAUAAUUGCCUUGCAGGAUUAGGUCCUCCUCUAGUUGCUGUCCAUCAGACAGCCACUAGAGGGACUUCUGGGUUCUUAAAACACGAAAAGUGGUUUAGACGACACUGGACGUCUUCACGCUAUGCAUGAGGACAUCCAGCGUCACUGGAAUCCCCAUAGGAAAGCAUUGAAUAAUGCUUUCCAAUGGGGAAGCCUAAUGCGCGUGGCCAUUGCCGCACAUGCGCAUUAGGUCUCCUUCCCCUUGACGCAGGAAAUGGAGCUGACUUAAUGGAGCUCCUUUCAUCAAGCGUAGGAAAAAUACAUAAGACAAAGUAGUGCAUACUUUGUCUUGUGUUUUAAAGAAAACUAGAUCAGAAAUAAAGAAACGAACAGAUUCCGAGAGAGGAAAAGAAGAGGAAACGGUUGGAUAAAUAUAUUCGACAUGGAAGUGCCGCUCUAAAUUAUUCUUUUCUUUUUUUUUUUUAAAGAGGUCGUAGUGAAAGAGGAUCUCCACAAGACAGCAUGUAUCCAGUUGGCUAUUCAGAUAAACAGGUCCCAGACACUAGCGUGCAAGAGUCUGACCACAUUUUAGUAGAGAAGGUGAGCCCAAAUGCUUAGUCUGGAUGCUUAGUAUGGAUAUGCAUAGUUAUUUAAUUAGAAUAAUCUACAUGUUAUCUGUUCCCACUGAUCAUUUGAUUUCACUCCCUCCUGUUUGCAGCGUUGCUGGGAUAUCGCUCUUGGGCCACUCAAACAGAUCCCCAUGAAUCUAUUCAUCAUGUAUAUGGCUGGGAAUACCAUAUCCAUCUUCCCCAUCAUGAUGGUGUGUAUGAUGGCAUGGAGACCUAUACAGGCGCUGCUUGCAACACCAGCCAGUGAGUUUCACUUUCUAGCUAUAUUUCAUAUUGCAUUCCGUAAAAUGAAUUUACAAGUAGGCUCUCCAGCUGUUGUUAAAGUACGAUGAGAAAGGUAGGUAUUUGACCAAUCAUCCUGUGAAAACAGAAGCUGUGCCACAUGGGCUGAUUAUUAGAGGAGACCUUUAAAUGCAAUGAGAAUAAUGAAAGACGUAUUUCAUGAUCAAUAUGGUUUGGCUACUCCGCCUCUGAAGGAAUUGACUAUGUACGUUAUAUUCUAGUUUGUUUGGGCUCUAUCAUAAUACCAUGUUUCAUAACAUGACUACUGCAAUACCCUUCUCAGUGGUUUUUCGUGUUCCCAGAUUGCACCGCUGCAAUCUAUAAUGGAUGCGGUGGCGAGGCUCAUUUUCCUGUCCGCUCGCACCUCCCACGCCUCCCCUCUCUGUCAGUCGCUGCAUUGGCUUCCAGUUAGAUAUAGGGCUUAAUUUAAAAUUCUGCUGCUUGCUUACAAGUCCCUACAUAAUGCUGCUUCAACCUACUUAUCCUCCCUAGUACACAAGUAUGUCCCGUUUUGGCCCCUACGCUCUGCCAAAGACCUAUGUCUAUCCUCUGUCCAUACUCCCACCUCUGAUGCUCGCCUCCAAGAUUUCUCCAGCGCUUCACCUCUUCUGUGGAACUACCUUCUCCGUAAGACUUUCACCCAGUCUCCACUCAUUCAAAAAAAAUCGUUGAAAACACACUUCUUCAAGAAAGCAUAUCAUUUAAACUGUUAGCAGGUCUUUAUCCUCCACCCUACAUGACUCCUUUCCUGCAACUGUCAAAAAUUACCAACUAAGCCCUCAGUGAAUACUUUUCUAACAUCUUACUUCGUACCCCUACUUUUACCCUUUAUGUCACUAUACCCCACUCCCUCUAGAAUGUAAGCUUAUUGAGCAGGGCCCUCCACCUCUCUGUUCCUGUACGUCCAGUUGUUUGGUUACAAUUACAUGUAUGUUACUCCACCCAUUGUACAGCACUAUGGAAUCUGAUGGUGAUAUAUAUAUAUAUAUAUAUAUAAUAUUAAGGUUCUUUAUACUUUAAACGACCACUCUGUGCUUAGGUGCUUUAUCUGUAUGGAGUAUUCGAUUACAGAGACAUUUAAUAAAAGUGCAGAUUUCUUCGAGAACUCUAAACCUUUCUAAAUCAAUUAGGAAACACCUUCCUGGCUGUCAGUCAGAUAGGGAAGUUUCCUGCCUCCUUCCUUUAGCUCCGAUGGCAGAUGCACUGUGAGUGCUCAGUUGUAAACGUGCUCCCUGACUCUUCAGUCUCCUCCGGGGCUCCAGUGCCAACUUGUGUAUCCAAGUCAAGUUACUGUCAGCAUUGUGACUACUCACUGUGAAAGAGCACCAGGGUACGCCUGACACCAUAACCAGUAAAGGUGCUUGUAGUGGUUAUGGUGUUUUGAGUGUUUAUUUUAUUCUGUUUAAGACUAAAUCUAAAUAGAUAAACCCCCUAGUGCUUUAUAAUAUAUAAUGCAUUGAGAUUCCAAUUGCUUUCAAGCAUGCCUUAAGGUUUUUAUAUUCAGAAAGAUUACUGCAUGUUUUCAGGAAAGUAAUGUUCUUGCUGUGGAACUAUGGGCAUAUGUGGUGGAGACAGAUCAAGUGGACAUACUGGUUCAAGCUGUGCUGGAUUUUCAAAAGUGAUUACAAACCAGGCAAUAAAAGUGAAGGGUGCAUUUGUAUUCAAGAGUUAGCCAGUUUAGAUACUUAAACAUAUCAUAAAAUGUUAAUUCAUUGAAGACCAAAGAAUAUAAUAUUGGCAAAGAUACUUAUACAACAUACACACAGUAUAUGAUGCCAGAUUUUUCUCACACUUGCUUUCUGUUGAAGGAUUGAACAUGAUGUUUUUGUAGAGAUCACCUAGGGACACUAUAGUCAUCAGACAAACUACAGCUUAAAGUAGGCUUACCAAAACUCAGGCCCUCCAGAUGUUGCUGAACUACAACUCCCAUGAUUCUAUGAAUGAAUUAGAUAGGCUGAGAAUCAUGGGAGUUGUAGUUCAGCAACAUCUGGAGGGUCAGCGUUUGGGGGAAGCCUGGCUUAAAGGAUCACUAUAGGGUCAGAAACACAAACAUUUAUUCCUGACCCUAUAGUGUUAAAACCCCCAUCUAGCCCCUCAUCCCUCCAUAAAUAUAGCAAACUCUUACUGUAUUCAAGCCUGAAGCUGUAACUCUGCAUGCUGUAACAAGCAGUCUGCUGACAUCAUCAGAAGUGGUGGCCUGAUCCAAUCACAAUGCUUCUCCAUAGGAUUGGCUGAGACUGACAAGGAGGCAGAUCCUGUGUUAGUCCUGAACAGUGAUUGUGACUGUGUUGAAUAAUCAUCAGUGGCAAGGGCAAUUACCAGUGUUUUGUGCCUUUGACACAUUUCUGGGUCUUUUCAGACCUUGUAGUGCCUAAUUGUCUGCUUUUAUAGUUGAAAGGUGUAGUGUGUUAAAUGAACAUUCCAAGCUUCAUGGCCACUACCGCAGACUUAACAGUUCAACUUCUUAGCUGGGCACUACACCCUGCCUCUCGACUUCUGUUAUGGAGAGGCAGAAGCUUCUGCUAGGCCCUUCCAUUACUUCGAAGUGCAUUCGAGGGGGGAUGGGGAGCCUUGUCAAGUCUUAUUAUUGUUGUUUGUUGGUAGUAAAAUUGUGCAAGGGUCAGUUUGCUGUAACUCAGAGAGGUCUGCUAAGAUUGAGGCUCUAAGAGAUGUAGGUCAUCUCACUGUACACAUUGUUUUACAAGCUACACUAUCACAAAAGUUACUACAUAUCCAAUCUUUGAGAAAACGUAAGAGUUAACUGUAGUAUUAAAGGAACAUUAUCUGCACCAUGAGCACUCUCAUACCUUCCACUGUUCAACCUGGUCCAACUUUCUCAGCAAAUACCAGAGCCUCCAUGCUUAAAGUAUCAGCUGAUGGCCAAUCACUGGCUGCUCGUAGAGAGUAAUGCUCCAGAAAUGUAAAUACCUUGAAGCACUCCAUUGCAAAAACUAUAUAUAAAAAUACUGUUUAGUAGAUUAUUAGAUCAGUAGUAAUUAUACAUUUUUAAGUCCUAUCUGAAUAUAGCUUUCAAAAGCUGCAGAUCUCUUAUCUGAAACCUUUGCAAGCCCUCCUAGCCCAUACCAGACUUUCUGUGGCUGUUCAAUCACAGAUUUUCAAAUGAGGCACAAUGGUUUUGUGCGGUACCAUCUUCACGGUUUGAUAGAUCCCUAAAGGAAUGGUAAUAUUCAGUCUGUUUAGUGGAAAACAGUGAUUUUAGGGCCAGAGACAAGAUCUUUGAAUAGGAUGUCACCCAUAAAGUAACAUUCUAUGUAGGUACGGAUUAUACGCCAAGUUAAACAAAAAUCUUCUCUCUCCCCUCCUAUUCAGCUUUCAAGCUUCUGGAAAGUUCUGGUCAGCGCUUCCUACAGGGUCUGGUGUACUUGAUUGGGAACCUCCUAGGCUUGGCAUUGGCAGUCUAUAAGUGUCAAUCAAUGGGCCUUCUGCCUACUCAUGCAUCUGAUUGGCUGGCCUUCAUUGAGCCACCAGAGGUGAGACUUAAUAAAAGCUUCUUGUGCAGAUUUAUCUUGUUCCAAACAAACAGUCUAAAUUUUAAAUUUUUUUUUUUUUUUUUUUUUUUCAGAGAAUGGAAUACACUGGCGGCGGUCUCUUAUUAUGAUUGACUAAGGAUGCAACAGAAGCUUGAAUCUACAUUGCCCUUGUUAUGCUACUAUGUCCUUUUAAUAAAUUAUUAUAACUUCUAGCUUAGUGCAAAUUAUGAUUUUUUUUUUUAAUGAUCCAGGAAAAAAUGACCUUACAAGCACAUACUUAGAAAACACUUUUAUUUGGAUGUAUGUCACAGUUUAGAGCAUCUUGCCCUUCCCUCCCCACACACACACACACACACACACACACACACACACACACACACACACACACACACAAUAAAACCACAGAGACAAAUUAGGCUUGUGAAACCACAGAACAAUUGAACAUUUGCGAUCAAUUCUGCAGCCUUCGCUUCUAUUUCAGUGCGACUUCCACCAAGUACAGAAACAAGUUUACAGGCAGUGCAUACCGCACUUGCAGGACUAGAUUUAUAAAAUAAAUUUAACACUUGGAAUGCUGCAUUGACCAAUAAAUUAAAACCUGUGUACGUACAUAGCUUGUCUUAUUUUAAAACAAAAAUAAAAUUAGUUUUUGGGGUUUUAACAACCAACACUUAAUGAACUACAGAAACUUUUUUUUUUUUUUAAGUGGUCUCUUAACUGACCAUUGGCAUUUGUGUCCUUGAUAUUGGGAAUGGCAAAUAUUAAACUUUAGCACACAGACUUUAAGGGAGAGAAGAAAAUACUUCUUGCUUAAAAAAUUUCACUUCCUAUUACACUUCUAAAACGGAGGCAGGCAAAUCUGAUCCGCAGGGGGUGCAAGCAAGGCCAGUUUGAAGAUGAGUUAGUGCAUGAGAGUCAAUACUGACUUAAGUAAACCCUACCAUGAAUGAAAAUAUCCAUGAACCAUUCAAAACAAAAUAUGGUGACAAUUCUCACUCAGGAUAGAUUUGCAGUUUAAUAAACAAGGUUGAUACAAGUAAAAAGGUAAAUACAAUAAUUGCAUAGCAUUCUUGAAAAAUAAAUAAUGGAAUUUGUAUUUUUAAAGUGACCGUUCAAUCACCAACUGAUGCAACGGUUAUGGUGAAAUGGCAUACAAAUUUGUCUCCCUACAUUUUCUGAGUACUUUAGAACCAAUUUGUUAGAAACAGCUGCUGAGACUUCUAAUCCUAUAUAGACUGUGUCCCUCUCUCAGGCAAGUUUUGUACUUGUAGGCUUUAAGCCAAACCACAAAUGGUUUUCUUCAUAAAACAUGGAUAAAGUUAUUCUGCACCACAAAAAAUAUAAAGAUGUCCAGCAUCUAUUAACUUCUCGAAUAGCUUGUCAUGUUUUUCAUGAAUAAAACUAUAUGCAGCCUACCUUCUUUAAAAAAAAAAAAAAAAAUGUAAAUCUUAAAAUAUCGCCAUUAAGGAACAAGCCACACACAUAAGGCAGUUCAGCUUGAAGUGCUUCAUGUGUCUGGAACCUGUCACAUAUGUGACAUGUUUAUAAUUGGGAGCAGACUUUGUGCUUGGGGAAAAAGGAACUUGCAAAGGCUGCAGACAAGAAAUCUGAAGCUUUUGCAAGCUAUUUUUAGAUAUACUCUAAAGAAAACAUGAAGAAAUAAAUGUAUGUGUGCUUUCUUUGGCAUAUGUCUACUAAGUAGUUAAAAUCAAUACAUUAAUCACAGAUUUGCGCUUUUUUUUUUUUUUUUAAAGAAAUUAAAAAUUAGGAAUGGGUCAUAUGCAUAAUGAAAUGUUCUGUUAAUAUUAAAUGCAUAACCUUAUAAUAAUACACAUUUAACAAACUCUAGUCUUUAAAUAACAUUAAAAAAAAAAACACAAAACUAAAGUACGAUCUAAAACAAAUGGUAACUACAUUACUGUUUCAAUCUGUGUUGCCAUCCCAACUGUGGGCCGUGCAACAUAAUUACAUUACUCAGUGAUCUCUCUUGAGUUUUUUGGAACAGGAUAACAUUUUUAUUAUUUUUCAAGUCAAACCGCAGUGCGCAAUGUUUGGCUUUGUUGAUUCAAUCUAGCACUACAUACACAAGAUGAUGUCCAGUCAAUGUUUGCCAACUGAGUGCAUGGCACAAGUAUUUAUAUUAACCUGUGAACUAGCAAGUACUGGAUUAUAUUUACACUGUGGUAAUAUCCACAAUGGUUAUCUGGUAGCAAUCUACAUAGGGAAAAUUUUAUUUAUAUAGACCUGUACACAGGACAGAACUGAUAAUGUAAAUGUUUUCUCAUGUUUGAUUUGAUGCAGUGCAUGGAAUCAUCACAAUAUAUGGCAUAUUAAUUGCACCCAUGGAUCAGCACUGCCCGCCUCUGUAACAGGUUAAGAAGAGCUAAAGCAGCAGCUACCAGCACCAUUCCUCAACACGUCAUCUAUGGAAAAGACAUAGCAAAAAAACUCUUGGUCUUGAGGACUGGUACUAGUAGACUCUGUACUAAAGCACUCCAUAACAAUUAAAGAGACACCGCAGAGACCAACACAAUUUAAGGAAUUUGGUAGACCUUAAUAUGCUUGAUUUUGUUGUGUACUCAAAUCCAUAGUUUUUGCACACAAAAAAAUAAAAAUAAAUGUUUUGGAGAAUGCUGCAUCAUAGCCACAUCCCCUCAUGCCAGAAAGACAAAUGUCUGCAUACAGUUUCAGCCUCUAACAGUCUUGAGUGAGAUGCUUUUAAUUCACAACCUGACUGCAGACCGUCUCUUCUUCUAAUGCAGGGAGUUUUGUAGUUCAUAUAUGUGAUAAGGAAGUUUUAUUUCUGGAGUUAAGGGGUGUGGCUAUGUAGGCAGGCUUAUGCUGCAGCAUUCUGCAAAGAUUUGAACAGGCCAAAAAUAUAAAAUUAAAAGAUUUAUCAAAUGCAUUCCAAGUUAUAUUGGUGCUCAGAGUGUACCUUUAAAAAUUGGGAGUAAAUCCUACAUAAAUAGUUAUGACAAGCAUACCAAACUUUGAGAUUUUGUAAAUAUCCAACAGCACAGUUUACACUAAGCAUUUAAUGCAACACUUCUGUAGAGAGGUGUGUGCCAUGUCACAGUUCUGGCUUGAGCCUCUUCUCCAGAACUGCAAGGGAUACCAGGGGAGGGGGGAGACUGGUCAUUUUCUAUCUGCUCUUUGGGAGAAAAUAAAUUUGCCUUUGGCAUUCAUAAAAGUGAAAAAAAGGAAAAAAAUAAAAUAAUUUUCCUGAAGAGUACUUUUCCUUGCGGUUUGUUCUGAAGCAGAUGAAGGAGGAUUAUAAAGAUACAGUCUCUUUAUCUCCACCCUAAAGCCAGCUGUCACUUCCUUAAAAUACAGAGAGGUCUGCUUUCAGAAACUGAACUGGCCUAAUGUGCUGUGGAAAUGUGUUACAUCCGAAGUCCACUGUUAGGAGUAGAUUGUGAUCACCUCCGUUCCACCUCCUCUUACUAAUAGCACACGCUCCAGACCUUCAGUCAGUACUUCUAGAAACUCCAUAUCUGUACAAAGGGUGAGUUAAAGAUAUGUAGAAACA